AUGUCUGAAGGCGAAUCAGACGAUGAUAUGUCCCCCUCUCAGCCAAGAAAUGAGAUUCGUGUUGCUCGCCCAAGUUGGAGAAGUGACGAGCUUAACAAAUUCAUUACGGAGGUUGACUCGUUUGUUGUUAAGCAAUUGGGUGCAAAUUCCCGCCAACUGCUUAAGAGAGUUUAUGGUAGAACAGUGGAAUCAACAGUCCCAAUUGAUUUAGAUCCUGCUCUACCUCAAUGGGCUCUUAAAUAUGAGUCAUAA